AUUAAAAAUAAAAAAUCGAUCAUUUAACUAGUUGUGGUAUUUUGAAAACGAAUGAACCAAUUAGUAGUCAUCAUAUAUUUUCUUAAAUCGUAAAAUUACACUGGAUUUUCUAUUAUUUUACUAUUCUUCUUCACAUUAAUUUUCGCAUGAUAUUUAGAUUUUAACACAACAACUGUCAAAAACUCAGAUUCGCACAAAUAAGAAGUCUUAAAUGAAAUUAAAAUGAUAAAAAUUAUGUAAUAUUUUGCGGAUCUCUAGGGUACCAAACACACAUUUUGGGAACCACUGACUUAUAAGAUAUUUUAUUUUUAAAUUAUCACUUAUUCCAAUUUUAACAUUAUUUCACCGUAAAAGAGAAACAAAAACAUAUUUAAAAGACUCUAUGAUGUACCAGAAAAAAUUAUUAUCAAAAAUUUGAAUAAAAAUAUUACGGUGAUAUAAAAAUAUUUAUUAGAAUGAAUUAGUGGAAACAUAUGAUUGAUGGAUGAAAUUACUAAAUUACUAGAAUUUUUAUACACAUUUUAUCUAUUUUCGCAACUUUUACGCAAAAAAAAAUUGUAACCGUGUGCACAAACUUACUGAUUCGUUUAAAUUCUCGCGUUUUAUUUUUUUAAGUCAGAUGCGAAAAUCCAUGAAAAUUCCAGUUAAAAUUUAAAUUUGGUUGGUUGAGAAUACAUUGUUAGACAAAUUUAAUCUUUAUUUAGGAACUAAACUUAUCAGACAAUUCCAAGAGGGGAUUCCCUGACUUUAAAUUAAGAAUCAUGACAGUGCAAGUAAAGUACAAGAACUUACUCGAGGAGUUUGUAAAAAUUUCGAGACCUUGUGUUUCUGUUGAAAAUUUGGAAGAGAUUAAAAAUGAAUACUCUUACGAUAUAGGGUCUAAACGAAAAAGAUAUAUUAAGAAAUCCUAUUUAGUAAUGAAAUUAAAAAACUAUGAAGAUUGGUAUAAAUUGAUGAAUUAUCCAUCGUAUUAUAAUAUGUAUCAAAAUGAUAAUGCACGAUCUUUACCGAAAAAUAAUGAUCAUGAAACAUGUGACAGAAUAGCAUCAUUAAAUUCAUUAUCAGAAUGUAGUCAUAAAUUAAAAUUAUAUGAAACACCAGAACAGUUAUCCAAAGCUUUAAAUAGCAAGGAAUCAAAGUUAAAACAGAUAGUUGUACUGAAAGUCAGCGAACAACUGGGACGUUCUUGGAGAGAUGUUUGCAGAUAUAUGAAUCUUAAGGAAUAUCAAAUAGAUGAAUUAGAAAAUAAAUAUCCGUGUAAUUUAAAAGAACAAUGUAAUCAGGCUUUGCGUAUUUGUAUUUCGCAAAAUAAUUCAGAGUGGAAAAUGAAUUUAUUACACGCGUUAGAAAAAGGAAGACGUAAGGAUGUUAAAGAGGUUGUUGAAAAUAUCUUAUUGCAUAACAAAAUAUAAAAUAUUUUUUGUAUAAAUAUAAUAUGUAAUAUAUAACAUUAUUAUUUAUAAAAAGGGAAUGGAAUUAAAGCUCUGAAAAAGUGCAUGUAGCAA